GCGGGCCCGGACUGCGGGGGCAGCUCGGGGGAGACCGAUGGGCGGCUUGGAAGCUGGCAGGAUUGCGGAUGAGGGUUGAGUUCGGAAUGGAGUGGAGAUGAUGUAGGAUGGAGGGAAGUGAAGGAAGGGGAGGGCGGAUAGAGGAAAAUGUGGGAGGAGUGGUUGGGAAUUUGUGAGUAGCAGGCAGGAAAGGAUGAGGAAGGCUGGGCAGGGGCUGCAGACGAUUGGAAUGAGCGGGAAGGUUAGCAGGAAUCAGAGACAUGGGCCGGGAGCUGAAGGGUUCAGCAGGGGUGUCCAUUAAAGGGAACUGAUGCCUUCAUGUCCUUUCAGCUCCGGUUCCUGAUGUCUCCCAUUUUUCUGGCGUUGUGGGAGAAAACGAAAGCAUCACUUGCCCUGGUUGCUAGCUUGAUCAUUUUUCACAGGCCCAAACAUGCAGCUGACUGCCAUCCAUCCCUCUUAGUGCCAUGGUCUUGAUUUAGCCUUUUAAAGGGGUUAGAGUGGCAGUGUGACACACAAAUCGUUCUUCAAUAUGAAAUGUUAGAAGUUCUCCCCAAGAGACACAGUGUCCUCUUGUUCUGCAGUUUUCAGUUUAAGAAUCCUAAUGUACCUGGCUAACUGGUGGUGAGCAGGGGCUUUGGGGCCAACGUGGUGGGCUCCCCAAGGAAACCCCUUUGAAACCAAUGGAUGCAUUCACGGGCUCGAGUCUCAAGAGGAAGUUUGAUGAUGUGGAUGUGGGCUCAUCAGUUUCCAACUCAGAUGAUGAGAUCUCCAGCAGUGACAGUGCUGACAGCUGUGACAGCCUCAAUCCUCCUACAGCUGCCAGCUUCACGCCCACAUCCAUCCUCAAGCGGCAGAAGCAGCUGCGGAGGAAGAACGUACGCUUUGACCAGGUGACCGUGUACUACUUUGCCCGGCGCCAGGGUUUCACCAGUGUGCCCAGCCAGGGUGGCAGCUCGCUGGGCAUGGCCCAGCGCCAUAACUCCGUACGCAGCUACACGCUCUGUGAGUUUGCUCAGGAGCAGGAGGUGAACCACCGGGAGAUUCUUCGUGAGCACCUGAAGGAGGAGAAACUCCAUGCCAAGAAGAUGAAGCUGACCAAGAAUGGGACAGUGGAGUCGGUGGAGGCCGAUGGCCUGACCCUGGAUGAUGUUUCAGAUGAAGAUAUUGAUGUGGAAAACGUGGAGGUGGAUGAUUACUUCUUCCUGCAGCCCCUGCCCACCAAACGGCGACGAGCCUUGCUGAGGGCUUCGGGGGUCCACCGCAUUGAUGCUGAAGAGAAGCAAGAACUUCGAGCCAUCCGCCUGUCACGGGAAGAGUGUGGUUGUGACUGUCGCCUGUAUUGUGACCCAGAAGCAUGUGCCUGUAGUCAGGCUGGGAUUAAAUGCCAGGUGGAUCGCAUGUCCUUCCCAUGCGGCUGUUCGCGGGAUGGCUGCGGGAACAUGGCUGGGCGCAUUGAGUUUAAUCCGAUCCGGGUGCGGACUCAUUACCUCCACACCAUCAUGAAGCUGGAGCUGGAGAGCAAGCGGCAGGUGAGCCGCGCACCGGCCCCAGAUGAGGAGCCGUCCCCCACGGCCAGCUGCAGCCUGAUGGGAGCACAGGGCUCGGAGACACAGGACUUCCAGGAGUUCCUCGCUGAGAACGAGACGGCAGUGAUGCACCUGCAGAGCGCGGAGGAACUGGAGCGGCUCAAGGCAGAGGAAGAUUCCAGUGGCUCUAGCGCCAGCCUGGACUCCAGCAUAGAGAGCCUGGGCGUGUGCAUCCUGGAGGAGCCCCUGGCUGUUCCCGAAGAGCUGUGCCCCGGCCUGACCGCCCCCAUUCUCAUCCAGGCCCAGCUGCCCCCCGGCUCCUCGGUCCUGUGUUUUGCCGAGAACUCGGACCACCCCACCGCCUCAGCAGUGAACAGCCCGUCCUACUUGAACAGCGGGCCCCUGGUCUAUUAUCAGGUGGAGCAGAGGCCCGUGCUGGGGGUGAAAGGAGAGCCCAGUACCGAAGAAGUCCCAGCCUCUUUCCCCAAGGAGAAGGAUCUGAAUGUCUUCUCUCUCCCUGUUACCUCACUGGUGGCUUGUAGCCCCACAGACCCAGCUGCCCUGUGUAAAUCGGAAGUGGGGAAAACAUCCACUCUAGAAGCGCUAGUGCCCGAAGCUUGUAGCCCUGAGGAGCCUGAGGAUGAAGACUUCCGCCCCUCGUGGUCCCCCUCGAGCCUCCCCUUCCGCACGGACAACGAAGAGGGCUGUGUGGUGGAGAAAGGCUCACAGCAGAGUGAGGACAGGCCCCCUGAAGAUUCUUCCCUAGAACUCCCUCUGGCAGUGUGACGCGGGGACGGAGAUUCUGCCUCUUACCCAUUCUCUAUUUAUUCCCUUAUUUUAUCUAACACCAUUUCAAAACAAAACUGUAGAAGCAGCUGCUACUCCCAUGUUAUUUUAUUGGGGUCUCGGGGGGGAUGGGUGGGAAAGAUUUGUUUGUAAAAGUAUUUUUUAAAGGGUAAACAGAACCAAGGAGACCAGUCCCAGCUUGAUCUGGGGAGAGUCUUGGGGCAGAGGAGGCUGCACAGUGCUGAAUACUGAGCUUUCUGGGCCACUGGAACAAAGAAUGAGGAUCUCACAGGAGAAGCUGGGUAAUUCAAGCAGCUAUUCUUUAUGUAGGGACCAGAAUACAGUAAUUUGAACAGCAUGGCAAAGCCCCUUCUCCUUUCCUGAGCUCCAGGUGGGGUACAAGCUCAUUUUCUCAUCAGUCACCCUGAUACCCCACUUUGGUGUAUCAUCAUCAGCUGGAAUAUUAUCUGGUCAAAUCUAGAGGGGAGUGGAUAGAAGGGUCUCUGCUUCUGUAGAAAACCAGGAUUUAUAAAAAUUUAACCUGCCUUCCCUGGCCCUGCCUAUUUGGUAAAUAAGUUAAUAUUUGACAUGUUUGGUGUUCUCUGACCUGUUCCCCACACUGGGGAUUCCUGGUCUGUAACUUGAAUUAUUUCUUUCACAUGUUCUUAGGUACUAGA